UAAUUUACUUUUCGUGUGCAUCGCAGAACUUAUCGUACAAAAAAGCCCACAUAACACCUUUAUCAAUGAUUCCAAAAAUCCUGGUUGUUGGAAUUCUUUUAAUUCACCAAUCACAAGGGCAGCCGCCUCAGCAGAUUACCAAAGCCGUAGCAUGUUUCAAUAUCGGAAAUGAGAAAAGUGGGGUUAACGGUGUCCUGGAAAUUUAUCAAGAUCCUUCCGGAUCAGCAGUUUAUAUUACUGGUCAAAUAUCUGGAUUACAGCCAAACACAGUUCACGGAUUUCAUGUACAUCAAUUUGGCGACGUUAGGCAAGGGUGCGAUUCUCUUGGAGGUCAUUUCAACCCCUGGAAUCAAUCCCACGGUGGACCGUGGGAUUAUGCAAGACACGUCGGCGACUUGGGAAAUAUCAAAGCAGACGCCACUGGUCAGGCUACCGUGAACAUCUGGGAUUCUCUGAUUUCACUUAACGGAGUUAAUUCUAUUGUUGGGAGAGGUUUUGCAAUUCAUGAAAAAGAAGAUGAUCUUGGCAGAGGAUCGAAUCCGGAGAGUCGUAUGAAUGGAAAUUCCGGCCCCAGGAUUGCAUGUGGUAUCAUUGGUGUCCUCUAAAUUUUUGUAGUACAUAAUUUGUGGCUAAUUUAAUUUUAACUUGAAUAUGUCCGACAUCAAAAGUGGAAAGUAAAUAAAAAUUUUCCACGCUAAA